ACUCCGACAUUCACCUGACCAAAAACACUCGUGUGUUUAGUCAUGUGACCAACCAGCAUGGCUAGCAUUUUGGAGUACGGUGGUAGUGGUUGUGCAUUCCUUUCGUUCAUAUGACUGGAAGAAGCUUCGGUAUGGAGCUACCAUAAAAACGGAGGUGUGCCAUGGGUGCGAGAGACUCGAAGCCUUGUUCAAUUACCAAUGAAGAUGCUUCCAAAAGAGUGACUGAAUCCGAGUUGAAGCGACUAAGGGAUGCCUUCAAGAGGGCAUCAAACCUUAGUGGCAUCAUCACAAGGCAAGCGUUCAUCAAGGAAGUGCUCGGUGAAUUCGUACCUCUCAAGCUAGCUGAGCACAUCUUCCAGGCAUGUGGUGGCACGAGCAAGGGCAUCACCUUCAAGGACCUCCUCUGUGGCCUGGUGCUGCUCACACGAGGCACCCGCGAGGAGCGCAUCCGAUUUAUUUUCAACCUGUAUGCAAACGAAGGAGGCACACACAUCCACAAAAAUGACAUGAUCAAGCUGGUGCUUGCCUGCGAUGGCGGUUUCAUUCCAGAGGCGGUGGCUGACUGCUUUCUAGAGAGUGAGAAAGUGACCUUUGAGGAGUUCCAGGAAUGGCUCGAGCAGCACCCAGAUGCCACCUCACUCACAAGAUGGCUCCUGAACGAACCGUCAUCUGUGACCCUGUCAAACGAUCUGGAGACACCCACCUUCUACCAGACACUGGCUGGAGUUACUCAUUUGGAAGAGACGGACAUCAUAGAGCUGGAGAAGCGCUACUGGCAGCUCAAGACUCAAUCUCGGACGGGGCGCUUUGAUCUUGAAAUGCUGGGGCCACUCAUUUCACCACCUGUGCCUCCUGUUCUUUGCCAAGGGAUCUUCAAUGCCUUUGACGAGAACAGGGACAACCACAUUGACUUCAAGGAAAUGGCCUGUGGGGUUUCUGCAUGCUGCAGGGGACCACUCACCGAGCGGCAAAAAUUCUGCUUCAAGGUGUUUGACCAGGACAUGGAUGGCAUGCUGUCACGGGAAGAAGUGGGCAACAUGCUAAAUCUGCUGAUGGUGCUACACCAGGAGGAAAGAAAUGAUGAGCUAAGGUUUGUCAGACUGUUCCAGAUGCAGAUGACUCCUGCAAAGCCAGAUGUGGAGCCACUGAUUGAUGAAGUAUUUGACAAGCACGACCCUGGCAAGACCAGAUUCAUUACCCUGGACGAGUACCUCGUAUGGACCGUCGGCAACAACCUCACUAUCAGCCUGCUCAACCUGAUGUUUCAAGUGUGCCAUGUUGUGUUCGGGCUGCGACCAUCUUCAAGGGAGGAAGAAGGUGACAUCAUCAGGAGUUGGCUAAGAAGGGAAGAACGAAGAGGUCUAAAGCCUGGUCAAAUGCUCUACCUCAUUUCAAUGGAUUGGUGGAAGUCGUGGAACGACUUUGUUGACUGCAAGUUGCAGGCAGCAGGGAGUAGCACCACAUCCUAUGGUGUCAGCGGGGUCAAGGUGACAAGUCGUCUGCAGCGUAAGGUGGAGUCUAGUGUUGCCCGGUCAGCGACUGAUGACGGAACCGUGGUGCUGGCCAGUGUCACCAGCCUCGCCACUGACAGCCACCAUCUGCUUGACCCCGUGACUGCAUUUGAUCCCGCUGCCAACUGCCCCAGUGUGCCAGGCUCACCCAAGUGCCCCCGGUUGUCCUCUGCUCUGCAGUGCCCAGAGUCAUCAUGUCCAUCAUCGUUAAACCCAUCUCCAAGUGUCUCUAGAAAAGUGGUUCCUGCAUUUGUACAGCGACCACCGUCAAUUGACAACUCUGGCCUUGUUGCCCCCAACAUCAUAAAGGCGGCCGUUUUGACUGGUGAAGGUGGCCGUCUUGUACGCCCACUGGCCCGUGGCCGGGACUUUGAGGCAGUGCCGGAGGCAAUUUGGCGGGCGCUGUUCCAGUGGUAUGGGGGCUCGCCUGCACUGCCCAGACAGUUCAUCCGUAGUGGGAGCACUGGUGCCACACCAGAGCUGGAGCUGUACCCACCAUGCCUACGGCUGUGGCGCCACCAGCCUGCGCAGUCUGGCCCUCGACAACCAAACAGCAACAGCUGGACAUCUGUAGUUGGUAGUGUGGCAUCUGCCUAUGUAGGGGGUGUUGCUCCAGGCCAGCCCAGCACGAAUCCAAAGAGGUAUUUGGCUUACCAAGCAUCCUUUAGCAGGACGUCCACUUUGCGCCAGGUGUUCGACUUCCUCUGCACAAGGCUGCGACUGAGGCCAGAGGACACGCGCCUCUGGCAACUGCAGGACGAGAAUAAUCUGACUCCACUUGAAGAAGAAGGCUUUACAUUGGAGCAGCUUGGUAUUGAAGAUGGCGAGCAAAUUCUUAUUGAAGUGAGAAAUAAAGACCAGACAUGGCCAGAAGAAAUGUCUUGCAUAAUCAACGCCAAGGUGGAUCAAAAGAACCAAGGCCCCACAGAGAAAGGUGCCACAGGCUUGAACAACCUUGGCAACACAUGCUUCAUGAAUGCUGCCCUUCAGUGUGUCAGUAACACGCGGCCACUUACUCAGUAUUUCAUCAACGAAAAGCACCUUUAUGAAUUAAACAGAAUGAACCCUUUAGGAAUGAAAGGUCACAUCGCCAAGCGAUAUGGUGACCUUGUCCAUGACUUGUGGAGUGGAACAUCGAAGACUGUUGCACCUCUCAAGCUAAGGUGGACAAUUGGGAAAUAUGCACCUAGGUUCAAUGGCUUUCAGCAGCAUGACUCUCAGGAGCUGCUGGCUUUUCUCCUUGAUGGUCUACAUGAGGAUCUCAAUAGGGUACAAGAAAAGCCAUACGUCGAACUGAAAGACAGUGCGGGGCGACCUGAUGAUGAAGUUGCUCGCGAGGCGUGGGAAAACCAUGCUCUGCGCAAUCGAUCUGUGGUGGUGGACCUGUUCCACGGCCAGCUGCAGUCGACGGUAACCUGCAAGGUGUGCGGCCACACAAGUGUCCGUUUCGAUCCUUUCAACUUCCUCUCACUGCCCUUGCCCAUGGAGAGCUGUGUGCACGUUGAGGUGGUUGUAGUGCGGCUAGACGGCAGCAUGCCCAUCAGGUAUGGUCUGCAACUGAACCCGGAUGAACGGUACCUUUCGGUGAAGCAGCAGUUGGCUCCCCUUUGUGGGCUGGCCCCACAGCAGCUGCUGCUGGCCGAGGUGUGGGGAGCUGUGGUGCGUGCCCUCCUGCCAGAUGAGCGUCGAGUGCAGGCCAUGGCAGGUGGAGUGGGGCUGUAUGCUUAUCAGGUGGCACCACCUCUGGAGAGCUCGGGCUUCGGUGAUGAUGGCAGCGCAUCCACAGUUCCACCUCACGUUCGUGAACCCCAGACACUCACCCAGAUCCAGAGGAUGGUAGUUACCUGUGCCAAUGGGCCCCACAGCAACAAGCCUGUGGUGAAUGGCACUGUCCCGUCAGGAGAUGGCCUGGGGCUGUGUGGGUCACCCAUGGACAUAGGCAAUGCAUUAGCAGGUGCUGGGGAGGCCACCUCUGCCUCUUGCCAGGUGACCACCAUGGGGUUGUUUUGCUGCAGCAGACUGGGUGGCAGCCGGUGUGGGCCCCGAACCGUAAGCAGGGUCGGACAGAUGGCGGCGAACGAAGGCCCGCCUGAGCGACCAGACACCCCGGGUUCAACAUCAUCGGGAAGUGCUCUUGCCUCAUGGAAUGGGCUUGGGGGGGCAUACCCAGAAAUGCCAUCUGGCAUGAGCUCCAGCCUCACAAGCAAUUGCUCUGCCGCCGACUUGUCUGACCUGCCUCGACGGAAUUUCAUUGUGGCUUACCACCGUAAAAUGAUGAGGCAGGACGUGUACUUCCUAUCAUCCCAGAAGACACGGCCAACGCUCUUUGGUCUGCCACUGGUCUUGCCUUGUCAUGACGGCACAAGUCGACAGGACCUGUACAGGCUUGUAUGGACACAGGUGGCACGACUGGUCUCUCCACUGCCGCCAUCCGAGACCACUGUGCCCAACCAUGCCCAGGACUGUGAUGAUAGCCUUGGAUAUGAAUACCCGUUCACGUUGAAGGCAGUUCAUAAAGAUGGAUUCAUAUGUGCCUGGUGUCCUUGGUACAAAUUUUGCCGUGGCUGCCCAAUAGACUGUGAUGAUGCAGACUUCAACUUCAGCUCUCUUUACCUGUCCAUUGACUGGGACCCAACUGCAUUGCACUUGAGGUACCAAGCUUCUCAAGAGAGGGUGUACGUGGACCACCCAAGUGUGGAGCGCACACGGCAGCAGAAAGUGGAGCCCAUCAGUGUGCAUGACUGCUUAGCGGCCUUCACCAAAGAAGAGCAACUGGGUGACCGUGAGAAGUAUUACUGCUCACGUUGCAAACAGCACCAACUGGCCACCAAGAAGCUGCAGAUAUACCGGCUGCCUCCCAUCUUGAUCAUUCAUCUGAAGCGCUUCCAACUACUCAAUGGAAAGUGGGUCAAGUCGCAGAAGAUUGUGCGCUUCCCUUUCAAAGAUUUCGACCCAACUGACUACCUAUCACCUGUGCCACGCAAGGCAGCGCUCAGCUUCCGACGCUACUUGCACACUGCACAGCAGAAGGCCUCCUCCCCUCUAGUCAAGCGGCUGGCCCCCGAGCUACCAUCGCGGUCCAGCAUAUCCAGCCCGGUCCGCGGCAGGCCUGAUGUUGCUGAACUUCGAUCAACUUCAGCUUUCUGUGCAGCCUCUCAGUCACAGGCAGCGACUGUGGCAGCAGUUGGCUCAUCACCUCGCAAUGGUGCACCACUGUCCAAUGGUGACGUCGACGUUGGCGGUGGUGGUGAGCCUCAAGACCAUCACAAGCAUCGGCUGCAUCCGGGCUACAGCCCACUCGACCUCAAGUACCAGAUGUACGCCCUAGCAUGCCACACAGGCAUUCUAGGAGGAGGGCAUUAUGUCUCUUAUGCUUGUAAUCCAAACAACAAGUGGUACUGUUACAAUGACAGCAGUUGCAAGGAAGUUCAGCUGGAUCAAAUAGACUCGGACUCUGCGUACAUGUUAUUCUACGAGCGAGAAGGCAUCAACUACGAGGCGUACAUGCCAAACACUGAAGGCAAAGUGCCUGACGCAAGAGACAUUGACGACGAGUUUGAAAAUGACUUCCGCAAAAUGUGUGUCUUGCAGUAGGCACUGCAUCAGCAAGGCUUUUUUUUUUCCUCCACCCCUUUGCUCCCAGGCUCACUAAAGUGUCGUGGAACUCUUGCAAAGGUCAAAGACUUUCUUAAAGUACCAUGUUCAGGCAUGCCAUUCCUGUGGAGGAGAUGACGCACUUGUAACGGGCUCGGAUUCGAAGAGCCUUCUGAUUUCUUUCAUGUUGUGCCCGGCUCAAUUUGUAUCUUUGUGGAGUGGUGACACUAUUGCGUUCUAAACAAUAGUUGUGCUAUUCCAACACCAGCUGCCCUUUCCAGUUUUCUAAAUGCCUUCAAGCUCUUUGGACCUCUGCAAUAUGUGUGCAUUGACUUUUUUUUUUUUUUCCUGUACAAAGAUAUGAACAUAGAAUGUAGUAGAAUGCUUGCAGCUGUGCUGGUUCAUAAAGCUGACAGAAGUGUGUUGUGGUUGCGGACUUAACUCGUGGAAGGAUUUGCCUGUAAGUUGUGCGUUGGAUGGACAAAGCAUUUUUUUCCCCUUUCCCCUUCCAAUAAGCCAUUGCAGUCAGUGUGAAUGCAGAGGUACAACUUGUGCUGCCACAAGGAGGAAAUUGCUGGCACGAAAGUCAUGCUAGUUGUGUGCUAGGUCAUUUUUCUAAUCAAAAAGAGUCAGUUUUCAGGUGUUUUUACAUUUUUUUUUAGAAAGUAGCAAUGGCAAGGUUUAAUAUAAAGAGAAACGAAUGAUUAAUAAAUGUACAUAUAUACAUAUAUUACUAUGAAGAUUAUACAUAUGCA